CAGCUAGUGACAGCCAGCGGCAGCUAGUGGUAGCUACACGCAGCCUAGCAGCCUAGCAGCCUAGCCCAUCAUGCUCUCUACUGUGUACUGUAGUUCCUCCCGCCCCUUCCGUUCCAACCGCAUUUGACGGUCUGACCUCGACUUUGGAGCAUUGCAUUGCAUUGAAGCAGAAGCACUAAGCCCUGUGGCCACUGCUGCCACCACACAAAAGCACCACCAUGACCAUCGCCAGCAACGCUUCUGAUGACCAUCCACGAUUCCUCCCUAAUCCUGAACUUUCGUGUGUACGCUGUACUGUGUGCCGUACUUCCGUGUGGGACGUUGUUAGACGUUUACAUUAACACCAUCAACACCAUCUACACCAUCAACACCAUCAUCCGCAUCACCAGCUCCACCCCACACCUACACGGCACAUCAACUGACCAGAGCGUCUCUGAUCAAACACCCAACCCACUCAAUUCAUCACUUCGCCCUCGGCCGGCUCCAUAGUCGAGCAUCACCACCGCCAACGCGACGGAGAUUUAAAUGAUACAACGCUUCUUCUUUUUCCCACUCCUUUUCUCUUUCUUGCGUUCGUUUCUGUGAAAUCCAACCAACCAACAACCAAACUCGACACCUUUGGCGAAUUGAACUGUCGGUCCCUUCUAGCUUCGGCCAAAGAGAGCUCGCUCCCUUUGCCCUUGAAAUUUUCUCAGGAUACUACGGUAGUGGGUCAUGAACCAUCGCCACCACGCAGCCUUUCCUCGCAACUACAUCGGCAUCGUUAUUAUGCUGUGACAAAUCCAAGGAAUUUUCAUCUACAAGAUCUCUUCUCACACGGCUUGAAUACCACAAUUUCAAAAAAAUCCAUUCUAUUCUUCUACGCGCUCAUCAAGGAAGCGAUUCAUGUUCCUCUCCCUCCCAUAGGGUUACAGUUACCUCAGAACCUCAGCGCGUCCGGACCAAGCCUCAUCCUAGACUCAGCCUACAUCUAUUCUCACUCAUCCCAACCAUUUCAGAUCUCGGUCAAUCAAUUCUUACUCUUUAUAAUUACUCUUUCUAGUCAGAGUCUCGGCCAAGGGUAACUUCCGCGACUUUACACCAGGAAACACCAUCGGCCACUAUCACGGAAUUGACUUCUCGGCCCGCUUCAUCAGUUGCCGAAGAAGAAUCUAGCCUUCAUCAACCCAUCAAAAACCAUCGCCGACCUACCUCUCAUCACAGGCAGCUCCCCGAAUACAAACUCAGCAAGAUGGAUACCGCUCUCAUUACUUUCAUGGUGUAUGUUGUCCCCUUUUUCUUAGCUGUGUCUAUAUCUCAAGCAAGACGUUUUUUUAUACCUCAAACUGCCUCGUCUGUUUAUAAAUCUCUAGUUUGGUUUCGCUUUGUUUCGUUGCGUUUUGUUUCCAAAAGCACUGAAAUGAUGGUCCUUUCAUUCUCCCCAUUGGAAUCUGGUCGAUGUUUGAAAACGACUUCAACUAAAAACCACGGGACGUUGAGAAUAAAUUCAAACAUCUCGGCGUUUGUUUCCUCUAUGGCGGAUUGAUGGCGAAUUGCUUCGAUGAUCCUCGUCAAAGGUUGGCUGAAGUAUUUUCAACGGACCGGAUUGUCGGAGAAUAAUUGCGCUUUGCUGUGUGUUUCCUUCAACGGAUGCCGAUACCUACCGUUGUGGGCGCGUGAUGGAUACCGUGUAAUCCGUACGUCCACGAUAUUCAUUACCCUUUUCGUCGAGCUGUCUCUGGAGUCAAGUCAUGAACUCUGGGGAAUCUCCCCGAUCUUGGCGUUACAUCACGAAGAUUGUACUUCUGCCUCAGGACUGCCUCGACAAAAGCUUUACUAGGCGUGGGCAUCGUCAGCUUAGGAUGAGGAUGCAGUUGCAUACGGUGGCUCUCUAUCUUGGCGACACCGCAUCAUGUCAUCGGGAUCGAUGGCUCAUCGCAUCUUUCGCAUCGACACCUCCCCCAUGUUCCACAUGUCCACGUCCUGCCCCGGCCUGCCUCCCGGAGGUUUAUUUUUGUCUGGCCCCCGAAUCCACGAAUCUGGCUCAUCCCCGAUGCAACCGUCAGUUUAAGCGCGGUGCAACUCUACCUGCUUUAGCACCUUCCCUGCCCUUGCAAAGUUGUUUCGCGGGUUUUUCUCUAAUUAACGGGUCUUCUGUUUCAUGUGUGCAUCCCGCUGACGCAGUGCAGGCAAACAUCCCCAUACACCCAAUCCGUACAUUUGAUUGGCUCGUGGGAUAAUUUCUCGAAACAUUACACCAUGGAACAUGAUACUAAGCGCGCUCGUGGCCAAUGGCGCGGUUGCUACGCCUUUACCGAUAUCAUCUGCGAUGGUGAUGGCGCCAAUGGAUCAAAGCGGACCGGUGGUUUGAAAAUGGGCGCAACUUACUAUUACUACGUAUAUCAUCCCUGCGCUUGAAGCUUAAACCAGAACAACACUCUGAUCAUAUAUAGUACGAGCUGGACAACGGCACUGAAGUUCAUGAUCCAUCAGUUCCCUUCACAACCUCCUGUCCAUACCUGCCCGGUCAACCAGUCAACCUCCUUCAAGUUCCCGUCGAGGUUCAACCUAUUCGCCUUCGCAGUGCCUCCGUAAAUUCAUUAUCAGCCAUAGAAAUAAUGACGAUGAACCCGGCCGACAAAUUUGUGGCUCCUCGCCCUCCACCACCACCUCCAACCACAACAAGAACAUCCAAAACUUCACCAAGCCAGGUCUCACCAAAGAGACCUGCGCGAUCAGUCUCACCCAGGUCUGAUAGGUCAAUACGAACAUUCUUUGGUCUUCGAUUACCACAAGAGUCCACUCACCGUGGGCGGUCUGUUUCGCUAGGCAGGACAGUGGGGGAGAAAUACAACAGUCGCAGUUCUUCGCCCAGACAAAACACUUCAGUACCACACUCGCGAAAUGCUUCGCCCCAAUCAUUGGGUGUUCGCAGGCAUACGAACCCCCAAGAGAGGAUUCCAAUCGUAUCUCAAUCAUCAUCUCGCCACACUGGUCUGUUUACCAUGGAUGCACUUGAUAUACCAGACGAGAUUGUAGAGGAAGGAGAGGAGGAUGACGAUAACUUUGCAGGUCAACUUAGCCCUCACAGCUCAUACGAGGGUGAUGUCUUCACGCACUUGUCACCUCCACCAACUCCACUUCGUUCUCCAACCCCCAGGCGUGCUAAAACUAGCACAUCCAAGCCAUUACCUGGGUUGCCAGAAAGCUGCUUAGUUCCUCAACCACUUCGACUUCGGGCCUUUGCAUUCGAGGCAAACCUACCAAAGUCACACUUCUCUACAUCAACCGAAGCUUCCUUCAACAUGCCACGCUCCCACUUCUCUACUUCCACUGUCUCUAGCACAAGCCUCGAAGCUCGAUCCCAUUUCUCCACCUCAACUAUCGCCACCCAGAUUGGGUCUCCUUCAUUGGCCAAGUUCAUCUUCCAUGACACGGAGGAGGAGGAAGAAGACGGUCUCGUUGCAGAUUCAGAGGAGAGCGGUGAUGAUUUCACAUAUAGUCCUCCCUCGGAGGCUUCUGAUGGGCGUGAAUUUUCUUGCUACAGUCUCCUAGAGGAUGAAUGCUCUUCUCAACAGUCAUUUCAGAAGGGCUCCUCUCACUCUUCUUUGUCUCCCAACUCCAGGUUGACAUUUGGAGGCGCUCUUACUGCCGGCAUGUUGGAUUCUGCCAAGAUGACUUCUCUUGAGGACUUGAUGAGUGAGGUUGGGUAUCUUCACUCUGUCAUUGGUGGAAAC